CAAAGUGAUGCCCUUCGCAUUUGAUUUCUUUUAGCUCGUUUAUAUUCCUUGUCGUUUUCGAAAUUCAUGAAUUUAGGUUUAGUUGCAAGAAAGAUAGGCUGAUGGAAGUCACAAACAUGAUAUCAUGUUGCAUAUAGUAGAAGAUGAUUGCAUUCCGUUGAAGACGAGGCAAUGCGCGUUUUCAGCGUCGCAGAGCCGAUCCAGGCUCCAACCUCCAGCACCUGGUACAAAGGAUGAAGCUGGAUUGCCGCCUUUUUGCGCAUGGCGAAAACAUACGAGUCUUUCACACAGAAUUACCUUUUUUUCAUUUUACAAAACCUCCACGCGGCCACACGUACACGUAGCACACACGACAUAGCUUUAGCUUUAAUACUGCUCUGAUACAACAGAACAUGAACAUGCGCGAAACAAAAGCUACAUUUUCCUCAAGGAAAACAGGAAACAGUCAGUGUGAAGGAGCAAAAAGCUGCGCCGGAAACUGCAACUGCUGUGGGAAAAAAUUAAGGCAAAGAAAGACACGAGCAACUUUCAAACAUCAGCAUAAUAACACCGAACUUAUUAUCUACUACUGCAUCCAAAAAAAAUUCGAAGACUUGACCCAAAAAAGACAAGAGUUCUUUGAUAUAUUGGUAAUUACCUACUUUCAUCUGCACCAAGCGCUACUUCUGAAGGAAUACAAUUUACAUAACUGGUUUACGGAACUUUUUUUCCGAUUUUGA